UUUCAGAUUGUCCCGGGGCUCAGCGAGAGCUCCUGGAGGCCGAGGACUGCCAGAAACCGCUCGUCGUGGUGUUUUUCCUCGACGCGAUGAGCUCUGGGUCAGGGUAGUGGCGCAGAUCGCGGCGGCGGAGGUCUGCGAGCUGCCUUGCUUCAGGGGCAAUUUGCCCCUCCUGUUGCUGCCUUCCCGAAUGGGGCGCGCCCUGCCGGCGAAGUCGGCAGGGCGGCCGCCGCCCGUGCCGAACGCCUUGGGCGCGGAGCCCUGGCCUCCGCCGCUGCUCGGGCGCCUCCAAGCCCUGACCCCCCCUCGCGAGCCUUGGACGAAAUAGGACGGAGGGGCUGGAGGCUCCCGCACGAGAGGCUCGGGCCAGGCCUCGACAUUCGAGGCUUGGGAGCCUCGAGGCUGCUCCCAGUCCGAGUUGUUCGC